AUGACCAAAAAUGUCUACAGUCAGUCCAGUGUCCCUUGGGAAGCAGAAUUGCCCCUGACCAAGAGCAGUGAUGACCUCUUAGCUGGAAUGGCCGGAGGGGCAACAGUGACAAACGGCGUGAAAGGGAAGAAGAGCACCUGUCCGUCCUCAGUAGCAUCAGUGCCCACCCCGGCCAUGAGCACCGCAGAGAACAAAGCCAAGACCAGCUCAGGCACAAGUUCUUCAGCCAAGCGGAGUACUUCCACAGGUAAUAAAGAAUCCAGUUCUACUAGAGAAAGAUUGCGUGAACGUACCCGGGUAAGCCAGAACAAAAAGCUACCUUCUGCAGGUCAGGGCGCUAAUGAUGUGACACUGGCCAAGCGUCCCCGCAGCCGCACCACCACAGAGUGUGAUGUGCGUAUGAGCAAGUCCAAGUCGGACAAUCAGAUCAGUGACAAAGCUGCCUUGGAAGCCAAAGUGAAAGACCUCCUCACGCUGGCCAAAACCAAAGACGUGGAGAUUUUACACCUGAGGAAUGAGCUCCGUGACAUGCGUGCUCAGCUGGGCAUUAGUGAGGACCCUCCUGAGGGGGAUGAGAAGUCCGAGGAGAAGGAAACCGUUGCUGUUCACCAACCAACUGAUGUUGAGUCCACUCUGUUGCAGUUGCAAGAGCAGAACACUGCCAUCCGUGAGGAACUCAACCAACUGAAAAAUGAAAACAGAAUGUUAAAGGACAGAUUGAAUGCGCUGGGCUUUUCCUUGGAGCAGAGGUUGGACAAUUCUGAGAAACUGUUUGGCUACCAGUCCUUGAGCCCAGAAAUCACCCCCGGCAACCAGAGCGAUGGAGGAGGCACCCUGACUUCUUCUGUGGAGGGCUCGGCCCCUGGCUCUGUGGAGGACCUUCUGAGUCAGGAUGAGAACACACUCAUGGACCACCAGCAUAGCAACUCGAUGGACAACCUGGACAGUGAGUGCAGUGAGGUCUACCAGCCCCUCACGUCGAGCGACGAUGCUCUUGAUGCACCUUCCUCCUCUGAGUCUGAGGGCAUGCCGAGCAUAGCACGCUCGAGGAAGGGGAGCAGCGGCAAUGCUAGUGAAGUCUCUGUUGCUUGCUUAACAGAACGGAUACACCAGAUGGAAGAGAACCAACACAGUACAAGCGAGGAGCUCCAGGCCACCCUGCAGGAGCUGGCUGACCUACAGCAAAUCACCCAGGAACUCAACAGUGAGAACGAAAGGCUCGGCGAGGAGAAGGUUAUCCUCAUGGAAUCACUGUGUCAGCAGAGUGACAAACUGGAGCACUUUGGUCGCCAGAUUGAAUACUUCCGCUCCCUCCUUGAUGAGCAUCACAUUUCGUACGUUAUAGAUGAAGAUGUGAAAAGUGGGCGCUACAUGGAACUCGAGCAGCGCUACAUGGACCUCGCUGAGAAUGCCCGCUUUGAACGAGAGCAGCUUCUUGGGGUCCAGCAACAUCUUAGCAAUACUCUGAAGAUGGCAGAGCAAGACAACAAGGAAGCUCAAGAAAUGAUAGGGGCACUCAAAGAACGCAACCACCACAUGGAACGCAUAGUUGAAUCUGAGCAGAAGGGGAGGGCUGCCUUGGCUGCCACUUUGGAGGAGCACAAGGCCACUGUGGCCAGUGACCAAAUUGAGAUGAAUCGCCUUAAGGCCCAGCUAGAGAAUGAAAAGCAGAAGGUGGCCGAGCUGUACUCCAUUCACAAUUCUGGGGACAAGUCUGACAUCCAGGACCUUCUGGAGAGUGUCCGACUGGACAAGGAGAAAGCAGAGGCCUUGGCCAGCACCCUGCAAGAAGACCUGGCUCACACACGCAAUGAGGCCAAUCGGCUGCAAGACACCAUUGCUAAGGUGGAAGAUGAGUACCGAGCUUUCCAAGGAGAGGCUAAGAAACAAAUGGAAGAUCUGAACAUGACAUUGGAAAAAUUACGAUCAGAUCUGGAAGAAAGGGAGACAGAGAGGAGUGACAUGAAGGAAACCAUCUUUGAACUUGAAGAUGAAGUCGAACAGCACCGAGCUGUGAAGCUUCAUGACAACCUCAUUAUUUCUGAUCUGGAAAAUACGGUUAAAAAACUCCAGGAUCAAAAACAUGAUAUGGAGAGAGAGAUCAAGACACUCCACAGGAGACUGCGGGAGGAAUCUGCGGAAUGGCGGCAAUUUCAGGCUGACCUCCAGACUGCGGUCGUCAUUGCAAAUGACAUUAAGUCUGAAGCCCAGGAGGAGAUUGGAGACCUGAAGCGCCGGCUGCAUGAGGCUCAAGAAAAAAAUGAGAAACUUACAAAAGAACUGGAGGAGAUCAAGUCACGCAAACAAGAGGAGGAGCGCGGCCGGGUCUAUAAUUACAUGAAUGCUGUUGAGAGAGAUCUGGCAGCCCUGCGGCAAGGGAUGGGACUGAGUCGGAGGUCCUCAACAUCCUCAGAGCCAACCCCCACUGUCAAAACCCUCAUCAAGUCCUUCGACAGUGCAUCUCAAGGGCCAAAUCCUACGGCUGCUGCAAUGCCUCGAACGCCUCUGAGCCCAAGCCCUAUGAAAACACCCCCUGCAGCAGCUGUAUCCCCGAUGCAGAGACAUUCCAUAAGUGGACCGAUCUCGACAUCCAAGCCCCUAACGACCCUGACGGAUAAGAGGCCAAACUACGGAGAAAUUCCUGUUCAAGAGCACCUGCUGAGGACAUCUUCAACCAGCAGACCAGCUUCACUGCCUAGAGUGCCGGCCAUGGAUAAUGCUAAGACUAUCUCAGUGUCUCGGCGCAGUAGUGAAGAAAUGAAACGAGACAUCUCUGCUCCAGAGGGCACAUCACCAGCCUCACUCAUGGCUAUUGGGGCCACGUCGCCACAGCUCUCCCUCUCUUCCUCUCCCACAGCAUCUGUGACUCCUACCACCCGAAGUCGGAUAAGGGAAGAAAGGAAGGACCCUCUCUCAGCAUUGGCCAGAGAAUAUGGAGGAUCAAAGAGGAAUGCCUUGCUGAAGUGGUGUCAGAAGAAAACAGAAGGCUACCAGAAUAUUGACAUCACAAACUUCAGCAGCAGUUGGAAUGAUGGGCUGGCCUUCUGCGCCCUCCUGCACACCUACCUGCCUGCCCACAUUCCGUACCAGGAGCUCAACAGCCAGGACAAGAGACGGAACUUCACGCUAGCCUUCCAGGCAGCAGAAAGCGUUGGGAUUAAGUCCACACUGGACAUCAAUGAGAUGGUGCGGACAGAGCGGCCAGACUGGCAGAACGUGAUGCUGUACGUGACAGCCAUCUACAAAUACUUUGAGACCUGAACUGACCAAGGGAGGCUGCC